AUGUCACUUGGUAUAAAGCGACGAUCACCGCACUCGGGUGUGGUAAUCCUUGCGGCGUGUUCAAUCGCAAAUAUCGUAAAGUCUAGUCUGGGACCUGUUGGAUUGGACAAGAUGCUUGUGGAUGACGUUGGGGAUGUGACUAUUACCAACGACGGUGCCACCAUUUUGAAGUUGUUGGAUGUGGAACAUCCAGCUGCUAAGAUUCUGGUACAAUUGGCCCAAUUACAAGACGAAGAAGUUGGCGAUGGCACCACUUCUGUGGUUAUUCUAGCGGCUGCUCUACUCAAGGGCGCAGAUGAGCUGAUAUCCCGCUUCGUUCAUCCAACAACAAUUAUCAAUGGGUACCGUGAUGCCGAAAUGUUUGCGGAGAUGGUCGUCGAUGCGGUGACUGCAGUCGAAAUGACCGGGUUUCGUGGACCGGUAUAUCCAAUCAAAUCAAUCAAUGUGCUGAAAGCUCACGGGCGAUCAAUGUCUGAGAGCAUGUUAAUUAAAGGAUACGCCCUCAAUUGUACGGUUGCUAGUCAGCAAAUGCCACGCUCUAUAAAGAAAGCAAAAAUUGCCUUCUUAGAUUUCAGCCUUCAAAAGGUGAAAAUGAAACUUGGAGUUCAAGUAAGUCAUCAUUGUAUGCAAGUUUGCGUACUGGAGUACUCGAUACCUUUCGUUUGGUUGCUCAGUUAA